CAUUACCUCAUUACAUUAACUUGUACCUUUCCCUCCUUCCUCAGCUUCUUCUUCUUCUUCUUCUUCUUCUUCAAGCCUAUCCUAGCCUAGCCUAUCCUCCUCUCUCCCAUUAUCAUUUACUCAAACGACUGAAUCGGGUCGGGUCGGGUCGGUUUAUGAAUCGGGCCCAGCCUCCUUCAAGAACAAUCUCCAGCAUUUUAUUAUAAUACGAACUAUAUUCAAGUGGCGAAAAAUUCUGCACCACCUGAUCUCAAUUUAGAUAUACCAAGAAGAAUUUCUUUCAAGAGUUGAGUAACCUUCGUCCCUGAUUUCCUAAUGGGGAAUUUUUUGAGUUCGGCUGCAUCAAAAUCUGGGACGAGUGAGUAUCAUGAGGUCUCUGAAUAUGAAACCUGCAAGAGGCAAAGAAUGUGCCCAAGUGUUACUGAGGAGAGUCCAAGACUGAUUCCUAGCCUUCCUGAUGAGCUGUCAAUCCAGAUUAUCGCUAGACUUCCUAGAAUUUGCUACUUUAAUGUGAGAACGGUGUCACGAAAGUGGAAGGCAACUGUUAUGAGCCCUGAACUUUUUAAGUUGAGAAAGGAACUUGGCACCACUGAAGAAUGGCUGUAUCUAUUGACUAAAGCUGAAGACGAGAAGCUUAUAUGGCAUGCUUUGGACCCCUUAUCAAAAAGAUGGCUGAGGCUACCUAUGAUGCCUGAUGUUGUUUACGAAGAAGGACCAAAUAAAGGUGGCUUUUCCAUGUUUUGGAUGUGGAACGUGUUGGGGCCUAGUAUCAGAAUUGCUGACUCUAUUAGAGGCUGGCUUGGGCAUAAGAAUACAUGCGAUCAAAUGCCAUUUUGUGGUUGUGCCGUUGGCGCUGUGGAUGGAUGCCUUUACGUCAUAGGUGGAUUUUCUAGAUCUUCAGCCAUGAAAUGUGUCUGGAAAUUCGACCCAGUGCAAAAUGCAUGGAGUGAAGUACCUGCUAUGGCCACAGGCAGGGCUUAUUGUAAGACAGGAAUUUUGAAUGGCAAACUCUAUGUUGUUGGAGGGGUUAGUCAAGGCCGAGGUGGAUUGACUCCCCUUCAAUCUGCCGAAGUAUUUGACCCCUCCACUUGUACAUGGUCCGAAGUGCCAAGCAUGCCCUUCUCGAAAGCUCAAGUGCUACCCACUGCCUUUUUGGCUGACAUGCUAAAGCCUAUUGCAACUGGGUUGACUUCAUACAUGGGAAGGUUAUGUGUGCCUCAAAGUUUGUAUUCAUGGCCCUUCUUUGUUGAUGUCGGAGGAGAAGUUUAUGACCCUGAAACUAAUUCAUGGAAUGAAAUGCCAGUUGGCAUGGGAGAGGGCUGGCCUGCACGUCAAGCAGGUACAAAGUUGAGUGUUGUGGUAGAUGGUGAAUUAUACGCUUUUGACCCUUCUAGUUCCUUGGACAGUGGUAAGAUUAAGGUGUAUGACCAGGGGGAAGAUGUUUGGAAGGUUGUUAUAGGAAAAGUCCCAAUCUAUGAUUUUGCAGGUUCAGAAUCUCCAUAUUUGCUUGCUGGAUUUCACGGAAAGCUUCAUGUCAUCACUAAAGACGCCAAUCAUAAAAUUGCAAUUUUACGCGCUGAUCUGCACGAUAGCCCUGAUUCUAUACCGUCGAGCUCAUCUUCUCUCUUAUCUGACUCCUCUGACUCACAGGCGGACUCAGAUGCAGUUGUCUGGAAGAUCAUCGCCACAAAGGACUUUGGUCCCGUGGAAUUAGUCAGUUGCCAAGUUCUUGACAUUUAAGCCUAAACAGUAAACUAAACACUCCCCUUAAGAUGUGGACUGUUUGGCACAUGUGGGAGUAGGCGCAGUGGUUUGCAGCAAAAGGGCUAAGUCACAAUCAGGUGUCUGCACAUUGACACGAGUUACGCUAAAUUUAUUUUUUCUGUGAGACGUUGUCGAGUAACUAUGUGAUUUCCUUAUAAGAUGAGGUAUAUUGUAUAGAAUAGUGUAGUAUAGUAUAUAUAUAUUUACGUGUAAACUGUUUGGUGAGGAACAUUCUCUGUUAUUGGCUGAUUGUCUUGCCUCGUUCUUGGAUGUGAUAUUUCUGCUAUCAAUGGCACUUUUUGCCAUUUUCGAUUCUGGUAAGUAAGCAACCACAACUGAGACAUUCAAUACUGUA